GCUUGCUUCUGCGCGCAGCCUCACUCUGCUGGAGAGGGAGGCGCCGCCGCCGCCGACGACGACAACCACAACAAAUUUGCACGCGCGCGCACCGAUGAUGGCCCAGCACCACCUCUUCGACUUCUCCUCUCCCCCAAACGCCGCCGCCGCCGCCAUGACGACGGCCUCCUCCUUCGACCACGCCGCGCUCCUCUCCCUCCACGACGACCACCACCACCACCACCUGCGUGGAGGAGGAGGAGGAGGAGGAGGAGGAGGGGUGCCGUCUCCGUGGUCGCAGCAGCAGGUCUCCCUCUCCCUGUACAACGCUGCCGUCACCACCACCGGAGGGUCGACAUCGCCGCCGUUGACUGGCCACCACCAUCAGCAGCUGGCGGCGGCACCGGCGGCCAUGCAGCAGCCAUUCCACCUGAGGGGGUCCAAGUACCUGGGGCCAGUGAAGGAGAUGCUCGCCGAGUUCUGCAGCCUCGAGGCUGAGGUGCACGCCAUGGAUGGCGCCAAGAGAGCUCCCAAGAUUGGCAAGUGGGACGACGUGGAGCGGUCGUCGUCGUCUAGCCCGUGGGGCAACCUGUCCCUCAGCUCCAUGGACCUCCUGGAUCUUGAGAGGAGGAAGGCCAGGAUCUUGUCCAUGGUUGAAGAGGUGGACAGACGUUACCGGCGAUACCGGGAGCAGAUGAGGGCGGUGGAGGUGUCGUUCGAGGCGGUGGCCGGCGGCGGGGCGGCGCAGGUGUACACGAAGCUGGCGAUGCGAGCCAUGUCACGACACUUCCGGUGCCUAAGGGACGCGCUGGUGGGGCAGGUUCGCGCGCUGAGGAAGGUGAUGGGGGACUCCGCCGGCGGCGGUGCAGGUGCGGCGGCGCCCGGCGCCACCAAGGGCGAGACGCCUCGGCUGCGGGUGCUGGACCAGUGCCUGAGGCAGCAGAGGUCGUUCCAGCAGUCCGGCGCCAUCGACAACUUCCCGUGGCGCCCGCAGCGUGGCCUGCCGGAGCGUGCCGUCGCCCUCCUCCGUGCCUGGCUCUUCGACCACUUCCUCCAUCCGUAUCCUAAUGAUGUGGACAAGCACAUUUUGGCGCGCCAAACAGGCUUGUCAAGAAGCCAGGUUUCGAAUUGGUUCAUAAAUGCAAGGGUGAGGCUAUGGAAGCCAAUGAUAGAAGACAUGUACAAGGAAGAAACGAAGCCGGCCGAGGAAUCACAUCAUACUGCCAACAACAACAACAACAAUAAACUAAACCCUAGCGGCGGAGGAGCGGGCAACAAACAGCAGCAUCGAGAUGACAAAUUUUACACAACGGCAACACCAUCGUCGACAGUAGCAACCAGCUUAGCAGGAGAAAGCAGCUAUCAUCACCUUCGCAGCAGCGCAAACGCUAACUCAUCAUCGUUGAUCUCUGCAGCAGCGUCCAUGGAUGACGGCAGCCGCCACCAGCUGUUCGGCCAUAGCUAUUCUUCAGCUUCAGGCUUGCAUGGCGGCGCGGUGUCGCUUACUCUAGGGCUCCAGCAGCAGCAGCCAUUCGCGGCGAUGUCGAUGAUGCAGCAGCAGCAGUCGUUCAUGGUGGAAGCGGCGGAGGAGGAAGACGAGGAAAUCGUGCUUCCUUACAGGAACCUCAUGGAGUCUCAGCUGCUUCAUGAUUUUGCAGGUUAGCUAGCUAGCUAGGCCCCAGCUAAGCUAGCACCUAGGUGAUCUCAUAGUUAUAAAUUUAAUUAAUUAUGGAGAUUGAGCUCAAAAUAUUUCAUUAAUGAGAUGGAGGGGUAAUUAAACAUUACAUUAUUGUUUUUCA